AUGUGUAAGCACAUUUUGAAUGCCCAGGUCUCUAUCCGCUCGCCAUGCUGCCGGCGAUGGUUCGACUGCGCGCAAUGCCACCAGGAACAGGAAAACCAUGAGUUGUUGCAGUCGUUUGACAUGACAUUCGCCUGCAAGAAAUGCAAAAAGUGUUUCCGGAAGGAUGCGCGAGAAUUCGAGGAGAGUGACGAAUACUGCCCGCACUGCGAUAACCAUUUUGUCCUCGACGCGGUCACGCCCAAACCAGCCUUGAAGAUCGAGGGGGAGGAUGCCCGGAUUGAUUCUAGGAUGUUGAAGGAUGAACGAGUGCGGCAGGAGGAGGAGCGGGCAAUUUUCAAUGUUAAGGAUGCGCCCAAUCGGCUUGGAUAG